GACGCGCCCAAGAAGCCGACACCUGCCCGUGACUCUUCCGAAAGCGGCAGGGGCGCGUUGCUGGCCGAGCCCCCAGCCCAACAACAACAAAGGAGAAGGCGGCGGGAGGAGGAUGCCGCAGCCGGGCCGCUGAGCAGCGGCGUCUGCCCGCGGGGGCUGCUCGGGGCUCGGGAUCUAAAGUUGGGGGCUGAGUCGAGAAUUGAGCUGCAAAGGAGCAAAGCGGCGGCCAGAGCCAUGUUCCCCCAGAGCCGGCAUCCUACACCGCACCAGGCUGCAGGUCAGCCUUUUAAAUUCACUAUUCCAGAGUCUCUGGAUCGGAUCAAAGAGGAGUUUCAGUUCCUCCAAGCUCAGUAUCACAGCCUUAAAUUGGAAUGUGAGAAACUGGCAAGUGAAAAGACAGAAAUGCAGAGGCACUAUGUGAUGUAUUAUGAAAUGUCCUAUGGAUUAAACAUUGAAAUGCAUAAACAGACAGAAAUCGCCAAGAGAUUGAAUACUAUUUGUGCACAAGUCAUCCCGUUUUUGUCUCAGGAACAUCAACAGCAAGUGGCCCAAGCAGUAGAACGUGCCAAACAAGUGACCAUGGCUGAACUAAAUGCCAUCAUCGGGGUACGUGGCCUUCCAGGUCUACCUCCUACACAGCAGCAGUUGCAGGCUCAGCAUCUAUCCCAUGGCCAUGGACCUCCAGUGCCUCUUACACCACACCCAUCAGGACUUCAGCCUCCUGGAAUUCCUCCGCUUGGAAGCAGUGCUGGCCUUCUUGCCCUCUCUAGUGCUUUGGGUGGGCAGUCUCACUUGGCAAUAAAAGAUGACAAGAAGCACCAUGAUGCAGAACACCACAGAGACAGAGAGCCGGGCACAAGUAAUUCUCUGUUGGUACCAGACGGUCUGCGAAACACGGAUAAACGCAGGAAUGGUCCUGAAUAUUCCAAUGACAUCAAAAAAAGAAAGGUCGAUGAUAAGGAUUCCAGCCACUAUGACAGCGAUGGGGACAAGAGUGAUGAUAACUUGGUUGUGGAUGUAUCCAAUGAGGAUCCUUCAUCACCACGGGCAAGUCCAGCACACUCGCCACGUGAGAAUGGCAUAGAUAAAAACCGCCUGCUGAAAAAAGAUGCCUCUAGCAGUCCAGCAUCCACAGCCUCCUCAGGAAGUUCCACUUCCUUGAAAUCCAAAGAAAUGAGUUUGCAUGAAAAAGCCAGCACGCCUGUUCUGAAAUCCAGCACACCGACUCCUCGAAGUGAUGUGCCAACUCCGGGCACUAGUGCUACUCCAGGACUUCGUCCAGGCCUUGGCAAACCUCCAACAAUGGACCCUCUAGUUAACCAAGCUGCUGCUGGUUUGAGGACACCCUUGGCGGUGUCAGGACCAUACCCUACUCCAUUUGGAAUGGUACCUCAUACUGGCAUGAAUGGAGAGUUGACCAGUCCAGGGGCAGCGUAUGCCAGUCUGCACAAUAUGUCCCCGCAGAUGAGUGCUGCUGCAGCUGCAGCCGCCGUGGUUGCCUAUGGACGAUCUCCUAUGGUUGGAUUUGAUCCUCCUCCUCACAUGAGAGUACCUGGAAUCCCUCCAAAUCUAGCAGGAAUCCCUGGGGGGAAACCAGCAUACUCCUUUCACGUUACUGCAGAUGGUCAGAUGCAGCCUGUACCUUUCCCUCCUGAUGCCCUCAUUGGACCAGGAAUCCCUCGCCAUGCUCGUCAGAUCAAUACUCUGAAUCAUGGGGAAGUAGUGUGUGCAGUUACCAUCAGCAACCCCACAAGACACGUGUACACUGGGGGAAAGGGAUGUGUCAAAGUCUGGGAUAUUAGCCAACCUGGCAACAAGAGCCCUGUCUCUCAGCUGGACUGCCUGAAUAGAGAUAACUACAUCCGCUCCUGUAAAUUGCUGCCUGAUGGAUGCACCCUCAUAGUUGGUGGGGAAGCCAGCACAUUAUCCAUAUGGGACCUGGCAGCACCAACUCCUCGUAUAAAAGCAGAGCUGACAUCUUCUGCCCCAGCCUGCUACGCUCUGGCUAUCAGCCCAGAUUCCAAGGUCUGCUUCUCCUGCUGUAGCGAUGGGAAUAUUGCAGUGUGGGAUCUGCACAAUCAGACGUUGGUCAGGCAAUUCCAGGGCCACACAGAUGGAGCCAGCUGUAUUGACAUUUCUAAUGAUGGUACCAAGCUCUGGACGGGAGGUUUGGACAACACCGUCAGAUCCUGGGACUUGAGAGAAGGGAGACAGCUACAACAGCAUGACUUCACAUCACAGAUCUUUUCCCUUGGAUAUUGCCCUACUGGUGAAUGGCUGGCUGUGGGGAUGGAGAGCAGCAAUGUGGAAGUACUACAUGUAAAUAAACCAGACAAGUAUCAACUACAUCUUCAUGAGAGCUGUGUGUUGUCACUUAAGUUUGCUUACUGUGGUAAAUGGUUUGUGAGUACUGGAAAAGAUAACCUUCUUAAUGCUUGGCGGACCCCCUAUGGAGCCAGUAUAUUCCAGUCCAAAGAAUCCUCAUCAGUGCUUAGUUGUGACAUCUCUGUGGAUGAUAAAUAUAUAGUCACUGGCUCUGGAGACAAGAAAGCUACAGUCUAUGAAGUCAUCUACUGAAAAAUGUGAUGGGGACAUAACUUAUAGAGUUGAACUGGGCCAAAUGUUCUUAAUUUGUAGAAGUAGAGAGGUUUUACCUUUUUAAAAAAGGAAGAAAAUAUCAAUUUCCAGACCUUGACAUGAAACAACUCCAAGUAUACAAAAUAAAAUAGAAGGCAACAUCCAGCAACUAGGUAUCAGCUACCUGGACCAAAUGAAACACGGAGGGAAGAUGGACAGAUGUAGCCUAGGUCUGGAGGAUUUAAAAAAACUGAGUUUGCUGAUGAAUGUUGAAGCCUUUUAUUUUUCUUUCUUUCUUUGUGACCUCAUGCAGAUCUUUCUCAUUGCCUGAAUAUGUGGGAUUACCUUUCUUUUCUUUGCAGUUCAACUUGCAUUCUGUCCUGUGUAGAGCGGUGGUGUCUCAGAUGAACUCGUUUUCUGGUUUUGCAUCUUGUGAUAUGUUUUUGUAUUUUUGUUGAAGGUCAAACGUUUGUAUAAAUUUGUAAAUAUAUUUGGUUUAUUACAGUAAAGGCUUUAGUACCAACAGUCUUUUUUGCUCUCACUUAUUAAGUGAUCUGUUGAAAGACUUUUUUGGGAUACAAGUACCUUUUGUAGGAAAAUGCAAAAACUAUGUAAAGUUUGAGAACAAUGUCCUUUACUUUCUUUACUAACCAUCCCUAAAGUUCAGUAUCAUACCUGAAAACAGUAGUUUCACAUACCAGUUUAUAAAAUUCAGUAGGAACUGUUUCGUGCUACAGAAAACUGAAAAAAAAAAUUUUGUAACUGAUUAAUUAGUGCCAAUAUAAAAAUUGAAGAACAAUUCAUAAAGAUGUGCAUUUAAUUAUUUUUCUCAUAUGUCCAAUAUAUAUGUGAUUUGGCAGAUGUAAUAUACAUAUUUGUGCCUCCAUUGUAACUCAUUGAGUUCAUUCCAAAGCAUAUAAGUAAGAGGUAACUUUUCUCACACACCUAAUUAAUCAAGUUCACCCAGAACUACAUUUUAAAUUAAUACAUCAAAUCUCUAGUGUAUUAAAGGGAGAUUAAAGUGAAUAAAUGUUAUUGGACAAAUUAUACCACUUCAGAGUCUAUUUUCUCUUUGAGGAAGUGAUGUGGCCUGGCAACUUCUGGUCAUUCUGUAUAUCUAAGGCUCUGUGAAAUCUUAGUGAGGGCUCCUUGAGUUAAAUUGGAUCAUACCCCUGCCAUUGACUGGGCCACUCUUAUGGUAGUUUUGAAGAACUAUGCUUUGAUGCCAGUUACCAAAGCUAGAAGCCCCAGAAUUAUCUGACUUGGCAUUAUGUACUUUAAAGAUAGAGCUGGGAAGAGAGUUUGUGAGAACUACUACUUCUGUUGCAUUUAAGUUGUGUAUAUGUUGGAAAACUACAUCUUCUAUUCGGUUAUGAUAGUCCUAAUUAAUAGGAUUUUGUCUAAUGUUUGCAUGAUAAGCUCAGAUACUAUGCUACGGAGGGUCACAUAUGUACCUUGAUCCUAUAUAAUAAGCUGAAUAAGUAUGUUAUAUAUGGAGUGUACAGAGGAACAGGAGAGAAGUUAUACAUAUGGCAGAUAAACUAAGGUUUAUUUGCAAGGAACUACCCUCUCUGAUUUUCUUCCUGAUGUUUUAUGAAGUGGCCCACAUCUGCUCUUACAAAAAAAGACAAGUUACCAAGAAGAAAAGGCUGUGGUUGAGAGAUUCAUUAGCUGGCUGCAGUGUGUACCAUGUGGGAGAAAAUUUCCUCUCUGGUUUCCAAUGCCUUCAGAGACAUUAGUUUUCUUUUCAAUUUAUGUAACCAUUCUGCUGAAACCAUUUCAUAGCACUGUGGAAUUGUAAUGACAGUAAUAUAUAACUUUGCAUUUUGAAUGUAAAACGUUAACCAUUCUUGAUGGUCUAGUUUUGUUGCCAUUUAAAAUUGAUGCUUUAUCUAUACAUAUCCAUACAUGUGCCUAGUGCUGUUUCGAAUUUUCA